AUGUUUCACAUAAACAAAAAGAAAAUACUAGUUGUUUGUGCUGCGAUAGGAGUAAUAUUAUUCUUUCUACAUCCAAGCAAUUCAGCGAAAGAGGAGUAUGAUUAUAUAAUGAAGGAAAAUAUUAUGAAUAGUUUGCAUGAAAAGCUAGCUGUUAACUUUACUAGUUCCGCUAUUGUAGACUGUGAUUAUUACGACAUUCUUCAUGAUGAUACAGCAUUGCCGGUGACCCUUGUCGAUGGUGAUUUAGAGGAGGGUCAUAAAAUCAGAGAAGGUGGUGAAUUCAUUCCAGAAUGCAAACCAAAGUUUAGUGUAGCCAUUAUUGUUCCUUACAGGGAUAGAGCAGAGCAGUUAAGAGGGUUCCUUGUUUACAUGCAUACAUUUUUACAUAAACAACAAUUACAUUAUCGCAUUUAUGUUAUUGAGCAAGUUGAUACACAUCCAUUUAAUAGAGCAAAGCUGUUAAACAUUGGUGCUGUUGCUGCAAUUAAAGCAGGAUAUCCUUGUCUAAUUCUUCAUGAUGUAGAUCUCCUGCCAACAAAGAUAGCUAAUAUAUAUGCAUGUGUGAAAACACCACGGCACAUGUCUUCAAAUAUUGAUAGGCCAAGGUUUUCACUGCCAUCUCCAAAUGUGUUUGGUGGUGUUAUGGCAAUACAAUCUAAACAAUAUGAAAAAAUAAACGGCAUGAGCAAUGCCUACUAUGGCUUAAGUGGUGAUAAUUCAGAUCUGUUUUCAAGGGUUAAGGCCAAUCAUUUAAAAUUAUGUAGAUUUGAGUCAUCAAUAAGCCAAUAUCAUAUGACUGCACAUGAGGCUCAUAUUCAAAUUGAAAUAAGGAAAAGCAGUCCAGAGUUUUCACAUGAGAGAAUGGUAAAAGACGGUCUGAAUUCAUUGAGGUUUACAGAAGUAGCAACUGUACUCCAUCCAUUAUUUACUCAUAUCAUGGUGGACUUGUAACUAGAUUAGCUGUUUUAGGUUUCUGUUUUCUAGUCAGUACUGAUAUUUUGUUAAAAUGCAUGAACUACUUUAUCAUGGCUUAGUAGUAGUAAGUAUAAACUAGUCAAUUUUGUAAUACAUUAUUAACUAUCAUAUCAAUUAACACAGAGUUCCUAGAAUACUCCAGCAUUAAUCGAAAGGAUUAUGCAUGUUUUAGUAGUAGUUUAAUGUUAUAAGAUUUUAUUUUAGAAUAUAAUGACUAAAGUUGUGCUUAGAAUUAUUUUGUUAGUUCUCUGUUUUGCCGUCCAAAAUACAAUGAAUUAUUUAAUGACAAUAAAUCACAUUAAAUAUAGGUAAUGUAGGCAGUGUAAUGUGUCCAAUAGUGGUUAGUAUAGCAAAAUGUGGGCACUGAAAUUAUAAAUAUUAUUGAAUUAGAGAAAAACACCUUUAGCUUUAAUUCAUAAUAUAUUUGGUAUUUAUUAUACAUGGUCCCAAGAAAUAAUAAAUUGAAGUGUCUUUUUUGUAACAGAAUUAAUAUUACAUACAUUUGCACCUAUGUUAAUGAUUCAUUUAUACACUACAAAAAUGUAAUUAGUAUUAUGUUUAGAAAUAUUGUAUAAGCAUAAAAUGAAAUUGUUGGUAAUAAAAAUUUAAUUUAUGUUAGGAUUUUAAUCAUUAUGUACCAGAUACCUAUUUGCUCAAUGAAUAAUGUAUAGCUAAAUAAUUUAAUAACAUAAACAUUACUUUGUUACAAAGGCAAACAUUUAAAAUUAAAAUAUAACUAAUUCCUCUUUCAUAAAUUUCAUAUCACACCAAAAGAUUGUUAUUUCAGCACCAUUAAAUUGUAUCACAAAACCAAUUAAAAUGAAAGCAACACCAAGAUUAAAAAUAUUUUUUUUGUUUAAACAUUCAUAACUGUAAUUGUUGAAAAUCAUUGACUUGUUAAUUUAUUGCAAAAAUAAAACUGCUUUAAAUACAAUAUUGUACACACA